AUGUCUCUCGCAACCCUUGACACCACCCAACACCCCAACCUCCCCGCUUCCUCAGCGACCCUCUUUUCCGCGAAAGCGACCAAGGCCCUCUCCUUCGAGCAGAUCGGCCAACACAUCGGACGCAACGAGGUUGCCACCGCCGCGAUUUUCUACGGACAGGCGAAAGCGUCCCCCGAAGACAUUGAGAAGCUGUCCUCCCUCCUUGACAUCGACCAUGAGACGCUGAAGGCGCAGCUCUCCGGCUUCCCUGACCGCGGGCGCUCGGUUGAAAUGCCACCCAAGGAGCCUCUGAUCUACCGUCUCUACGAGAUUGUGCAGAACUACGGUUACGCGUAUAAGGCUGUGCUGAACGAGAAGUUUGGCGAUGGAAUCAUGAGUGCGAUUUCGUUUUCGACGAAGGUCGAGAAGGAGACGGAUGAGCAGGGGAACAACUGGGCUGUUAUUACGCUAAGGGGCAAAUGGCUACCCUUCUCUAGAUUUUAG